AUGGAGACGCUGGUAACGGCCGACGAGGUGGCGUUUCAGGCGCGCGUGCGAAAGGUCAUCGACGGGCGCGCGAGCGAUGCGGAGGCGCGCGCGACGCGGGAGGAGUACCUCGCGCGGAGAGAGAUGGAGGCGUUGAGACGCGCGGGGAGGCGCGACGACGCGGAUGCAGUCGCGCGGCGCGUCGUCUCAGGCGCGUUCUGUUAUCACACUGGUCCCCAUACGAUCGCGUCGGCGUGGUGA